UUUACCCCUUCCAAAUUAAUCCGGAAAUCUGAGCAAAAGAUGGCGGAGCCAAUCAGCUUUUAGCGUAUACGAUGGCAACACUCUUCCAAGACACACACUGCUCGUGUUAUAAUACACUUGCCACUUGCUGUCAGAAGAAUAUAGCCUAAAAAACGUUGAUGUAAAUGUAAAUAAAAAUAAAGUUAUUUUUGGAAUAUUUCGGAUAUCAAAUAUAAUUUAAAAUGCCUAAAGUAGUUUCCAGAAGUAUUGCAUGUUCUGAUACUAAAGACCAAGAAGAGUAUGGUGAUGAAAAACCACUACACAUUUAUUACUGUUUAUGUGGACAGAUGACAUUAAUUCUUGAUUGUUCAAUAGAAAAAUUACCACUAAGAAAAAGAGAUGCUGCCAGAGUAUUAGACGGCACCAACCAUGCCCAUAAAAUUACUUGCAAUCCAGAUGAAACAGUCUAUUUAAAACGCCCCGAAGGAAUAGAAAGGCAGUACAGAAUGAAGUGUAAAAAGUGUGGUCUCCUGUUAUAUUACAAACACGAACCACAGAGCCCUAUCAGUUUUAUAGUCAAAGGAUCUUUGAUAAAGAGUACGAACGAAGGUCCAAUCAACAAUAUAUACAAUCAAGUAGCCAUAGAAAAACCAAAGAAGAUCAUGGUCACGAAACAUACCAAAAAUAUGGGUAAAUUCAGUUCAGUUACAGUGUCUACUAUUGACGAAGAAGAAGAUGAAAUAGAAGCCAGAGAAGUGGCAGAUAGUUAUGCUAACAAUGCUCGUAUAAUUGAGAAACAACUGGAAAGAAAAGGUAUGACGAAACGGAAACAAGAACAGAAUAAAAUAAAUGACAUUAAAAAAGUGCGCGGGACAUUAAUAGAUAAAUAACUAAACUGUGUUGUUGUAUUACUCCUAAUAAAAUAAUUUUUUAAUAA